UUGCGGUGCCGAUAAACAAUUGUGAUGUGGUCAGAGACUAUUGCCACGGCUCGACUGCGCAACGUGCACGAAGAGGAGGACUUUACUCAACCUGGAGAAUUUUUGUUUCUUGCUUUUUAUACAUUCAGUCUCGAAGACAGCUGAGGAGCUACGAAGGAAGAGAUCGCGUGCGUCUCUGUUUUGUUUUGUUUUUGUUUCGCGACGCUGACAAAAGCAGCCGUUGAAGUUGUACGUCGCUUUCGGAAAAAAGCCGAGACCACUGACAUCGCGCGACAGGAAUGGCUCCACCACCUCGAUGGAUGUGGCCGUGCCUCGCGUGCCUGUUCCUUGCAGCGGCCACGCCCGGAGCCCACGGAGCCGCCAGACAACCCGUGGAAGGAGACCUCGAGGACGAAGACCUGGCAAAGAUGUACGCCUGCUACGCCAACUACCUCAUUACCGAAAUGUGGAACAAAGUGGUCAUCGCCGAUUGGAACUACGCCAACAACAUCACGGACUACAACAAGAACAAGAGCGUGGACGCCACCCUGGAGGCUCAAAAACUGGACAAGGACGUCUGGCAAAACAUCACCAAAUACAGGUGGACUAAGUUCCAGGAUCCGGUGACGAGAAGGAUUUUCGAAAAGUCCUCAGUUCUGGGCACUGCCAUUCUGAGCUCGGAGAAGAAGACUGAGCUCGUCAACAUAAUCGCGGAUAUGCAACAAAACCACGCUUCGGCAAAAAUUUGUCCGUAUGUUCGGAAAACUCACACUCCCGAGGAAUGCAACUUGUCUUUAGAACCAGAGAUCAAAAACAUCCUCAUGGACUCCCGGAAUUACGGCGAGCUCCUGUACGUUUGGAACGAGUGGCGGAAGGUUGCGGGCAAGCCCAUGAAGAAAAAUUACCUGCGCUACGUCGAACUCUUGAACGAAGCGGCCAGACUGAACGGCUUCCAAGAUGCGAGCGGCAUGUGGCAGGACGUGUACGAGUACGACGGCCUCGAGAGUAACAUGGCCAGGAUAUGGGAACAGCUGUUGCCGCUCUACCAGGAGCUGCACGCGUACGUACGCACCAAGCUGCGAGCCAUCUACGGCGCGGACAAGAUAUACGAAGAUGGACCCAUCCCGGCGCACGUGCUCGGUCACAUCCACUCUCAAGACUGGAGUGCCUUAACCGAAAUGACCCGACCAUACCCAAACAAACAGGCUGUUGAUGUCACGAAUGCCAUGAAGGAACGGAAUAUGACAGCUCUCGACAUGUUCAAGAUGUCCGAGGAGUUUUUCACAUCCAUGGGCCUGCCGCCAAUGCCUAAAACAUUCUGGGAACGGUCGGUGCUGACCAAACCGACUGACAGAAAGAUUGUUUGUCACGCUUCGGCGUGGGAUUUCUACAUCGGCAAGGAUGUAAGGAUCAAGCAAUGCACACAGGUGAAGAUGGAAGAUCUGCUCGUUGUGCACCAUGAAAUGGGCCACAUCGAGUACUUCCUCAAGUACGCCAAGCAGCCGGUCGUAUUUAGGACUGGGGCAAACCCUGGUUUCCAUGAGGCUAUCGGAGAUACAAUUUCUCUCUCUGUGGCCACACCAAAGCACUUGAAAGCAGUCGGCCUGCUGGAAGACAGAGAGGAGGACGAAGAAACGGACAUCAACUACCUGCACAGUAUUGCCAUGAGCAAGGUGUCCAUCAUCCCCUCCGUGUACAUUUUUGACCUCUGGAGGUGGAACGUGUUUAAGGGCAAGUACAAGCCAGAAGACUACAACAAGGCUUGGUGGACUCUGUUACUGAAUUACCAAGGAAUUUGCCCUGGUGUUCCACGAGCACCAGAUGACUUUGACCCACCAUCAAAAUACCACAUAUCUGCCAACGUACCAUACAUAAGGUAUUUUGCAAGCAUCAUUCUGCAGUUCCAGUUCUACAAGGCACUUUGUGAAGAAGCCAAUCACACUGGCCCAUUGCACAAGUGCGACUUCUACAGGUCGAAAGAAGCAGGAAAGCUAUUUGGGGACGUGAUGGAGCUGGGAUACUCCAAACCAUGGCCAGAAGCGUUAGCCAUGCUCACCAAAAACAGGACGAGAGAAAUGGACGCCAGUGCACUGUUGGAGUACUUCGAUCCUCUCUACCAAUGGCUGAGAGAGUACAACAAGGAAACAUACGUUGGCUGGAAGAGCGACAACCCGACCGCUUGCCCAGGAACCACGAGAAUGUGCCCUAACAAACGAAAACACAAAUCCGACGAGCGGAAGUUCGCGGGCAGCCUCUGCAAGCAACGCUGCGCGAUGCUGACGCAGCCUCGAGUGCAAAUUUUCAUUCGAGGACAGGGAUUAUUUUAUCUCGACGGAUUCGAAUCGAAGUCGGCUCGCGACGACGCGCCCUCUCGUCGGCAUUUUCCAUCCCGGCCGGCCUUGGAUCUGUGCUCUCUGCAUCUCCGAAGCGAAAAAGCUGUUCGACGCGGCGGCCGUGCACAGUGCCCCUUGAGCGACCUGGACGAUACGCAGCGUAAAGUGAUUUCACUCAGGGAUUCAAGGUCGCUGCGAGACUCCGGGAAGUUAUUGCCGCCGUGCCAGCACCACGGACGAGGCACCGCUAUGGCUACGCGCGGAAGGGCGUCUGUGGUCUUCGGCGGUCUACUCCUGGUCGUGCUCUCCUCAUGCGUCCUCGUAGGCCACGUGACCAGUGCCGCCAGGGUUCCCGUGGAGGGGACGCUGGAAGACGAGGAGCAAGCGAAGGCGUACCUGAAGGACGUCGAAGCGAUGCUCACCGAGGUCUGUCUAGACGUCUCCUACGCGCGCUGGAACCACUCGGUCAACCUGACGGAGCACAACAAGAACAAAUCUAUUGACGCGAGUCUCAAGAUGAGCCGCCUCAACAAGGAAAUAUGGAAGAACGUAACCAAAUUCAAGUGGACUACAUUCAAGGACGAACAGACCCGCACUAUCUUCAAGCGAACGUCUGUGCUGGGCAGCGCGAUACUACCAGACGAUGAAAAACGGGAGCUCGUGCAAAUAAUCGCCGACAUGAGUCAAAAUCAUGCGUCGGCCAAGAUAUGCCCGUUCAAACGAAAUUGCACAUCGGCCGAGAAAUGUAACAUACCCCUGGACCCGGUUAUAAAGGACACGCUGGAGGAUUCCCGCAACUACGAGGAGCUCCUGCACGUGUGGAACGAGUGGCGCAAGGUGUCGGGCAAGCCGGUCAAGGAGAAGUUCCUCCGAUACGUCGAGCUCGAGAACAAGGCCGCAAAGCUCAACGGCUUCGAGGACGCCAGCCAGAUGUGGCAGGAAACGUACGAGUACGAAGGAUUCGAAGAGAGCAUGGCGCGUCUGUGGAAGCAGUUGGAGCCCCUGUACAAGCAACUGCACGCUUACGUCAGGGCAAGGCUGAUCGACGUCUACGGCGACAAGAUCAAGGCCGACGGCCCAAUACCCGCGCAUCUGCUCGGUCACAUUCACUCACAACAUUGGAACGCCCUAAACGAGAUUACCAAGCCUUUCCCAAACAAGAAGGCGGUGAACAUAACAGUCACAAUGAGAGAAAAGAACAUGACCGUUAUCGACAUGUUCAGACUCGCCGAAGAGUUCUUCACCUCCCUCGGUCUUCCUCCCAUGCCGGAAUCUUUCUGGGAAAAUUCGCUUCUCGUGAAACCGGACGACAGAGAGGUUGUGUGCCACGCUUCCGCCUGGGACUUCUGUGGCACUGGCGACGUCAGGAUCAAGCAGUGCACGCAAGUGAAGGCGGACGACCUGCGUGUCGUGCACCACGAGAUGGGACACAUCGAGUACGACCUUCUGUACGCACGCCAACCCAUAUUCUUCCGAACCGGAGCGAAUCCAGGUUUCCACGAGGCGGUUGGAGACACAAUCGCCCUCUCCUUCACCACUCCGAAGCAUCUGAACGCGAUUGGUCUACUGGAAGAGGACACGGAAGAUAACGAGCGGCACAUCAACCAACUCUACAGAGUCGCGCUGGACAAAGUGGCCGCUCUGCCCUCCUUGUACAUCUACGACCUCUGGCGGUGGAAAGUGUUCAAGGGAGAGUACAAGCCUGAGGAGUACAACAAAGGCUGGUGGGACCACCUACUGGAGUACCAAGGCAUCUGUCCCGGAGUAGCGAGAACAGCGGAAGACUUCGAUCCUCCAUCCAAGUUCCACAUUUCCGGGAGCGUGCCCUACAUUAGGUACUUCACGGCUGCCGUCAUGCAGUUCCAGUUUUACAAAGCCCUCUGCGAGGAAGCCGGUCACGUCGGACCGCUGCACACUUGCGACUUUUAUCGAUCCAAGGAGGCCGGAAAGUUGUUCAGCGACGUGCUAUCCCUGGGCAAGUCACGGCCGUGGCCCGAGGCGCUGCACAUGCUGACCAAGGGCCGUACGAGCGAGAUGGACGCCGGUCCAAUGCUCGAGUACUUCCAGCCUCUCUACGAGUGGCUCGAGCAGCAGAACAAGGGACGCACCGUCGGAUGGACGAGCGCAGACUCCACCUCGUGUCCCUGUGCGGCGAGAACAUCGUGAUCACAAAGGACGUGGCAGUAAUGAACAA